GUGUAGUUUUGGGAAAGAUGGGUUUUGGUUUAUUGUCUGUCGUUUGUUAGUGGUUUUAGUGAUUCAGCUGUGUCCCCUGCUCCCAUCGGCCCCUCUCUAUAGACCCCAGGAAUGUCACACUCUCUCAGACAGACCCCAACAGCUGUAAGGAGAGAGAGCGCACAUGGCACUGGCUAUUUUUAGAGUUCAUUCAGACUAGAACAUCUCUCUCUUUCCCUGGACGUGGCUGUUCCUUCUGGAUCUCUCCUCGGCUGAAAGUUCUGGAGAAGUUUCCCUGCGGCUGUGCCAGUUCAUAAGUACCCGAGUCAAACACAGGACAGAGCAUAUAAACAAGGAAAAGAGUCCAACGAUUAAAGUGAAAAUCAACCUGAAUAUCUAACAGGCCAACAUGGCUCUACUGUGUUACAACAGAGGCUGCGGGGGUCGAUUUGAUGCUGACAAAAACUCAGAUGAUGUCUGCCAGUUUCACCCCGGAGUGCCAAUCUUCCACGACGCCUUAAAGGGCUGGUCCUGCUGUAAAAAGAGGACGACAGAUUUCUCUGAGUUCCUGUCAAUCAAGGGUUGCACUCGCGGGCACCAUAGUAAUGAGAAGCCUCAGGAGCCUCUGAGACCAGAGGUGACGUCUGAGAAGGGAGAUGUGAAGCAGCACAGUGGAGAGGAACUUAUAUACCAGGGACCCAAAUCUGCAGAAGCCCUGGAAAAAGAGAGACCCAGCUCAGAUGAGCCAAAGACAAAGGUGCGGGUGAAGAUCGCUCCCUCUCUGGCUCAGAUCGCAGAGAAAAUGGAGAUCACUGAGAGAGAGAAGCUAGAGUGUCAAGUCAUCUUGGUUGGGGUGAAGUGCAAGAAUGCAGGAUGCAAAACAAUUUACCAGGGUCCAGAGACAGACGCAGAGAUCUGCACAUAUCAUCCCGGAGUUCCUGUCUUCCACGAAGGAUACAAAUACUGGAACUGCUGCUGCAUAAAAACCACUGACUUCAACGCCUUCCUGGAUCAGAAGGGCUGCACAACAGGAAAACACUGCUGGAUCCCCAAACAGGAUAAAAAGAAGGUGGCUUGCAGGCAUGAUUGGCACCAGACGGGAAACCAGGUCGUGGUCACAAUCUACGCCAAGAACUCCAGUCCAGAGCAUUCCUACGUGGAGGCAAACCGCACAGUGUUAACAUGCCACAUUCAGUUUGAGGGUGACAAAGUGUUUCAUAAGGACAUCCACUUGUGGGGGGUGAUUGACGUAAAGAGCAGUUUUGUGAACAUGGUGGCCUCUAAAGUUGAGGUGACCAUGCAGAAGGCUGAUGCUGUAGCCUGGGGGAAACUUGAGGACCCCAAACACAAACCUGAGCCAGAGGUCACCGAUGAGAUGAACACUGAACAGGAAGACGUCAAACCCGACUGGUACAUCUCAGAUGAUGACAUCAGUGAAUCUGACUGGGAAGACGAAGAGGAGGACAAGAAAGAGAGUGAGGAGAAAAAAGAAGAAAAACAGGCAGAUGAUGGACCCCCUGAGCUAGAAGAGUCUGUUGCUGUCCCCCCAGAAAAAUGAACAUUAUUCUGAGAGUUUUGAUUUGUUUACAAGAUCACACAGGAUUUCUAUAAACAUGAGGCUGCUGCUUUCAAACUGUUAGCCAUUUAUUUUGUUUUUGCUUCUCACACUGUUU